GGCCCUUCCCAGGCUCAGGACCAGGCUGGAUAGUUGCAGACAGAGCUCAUCGAUUCUUUUUUUCACCCUACACACUGCCGUGCAGUUGCAGCGUCAUUGUGCGAGCUGAUUGAAUGAAGUUCGGUGUAGCUAGUCAGAUACCCGUCGUAGCCAACUGCAACAGACAACGAAAUCGUGCCCGGCGACUGGAAUUGGAUACUAGGAAACGAAACUGCCUUAAAUAUGCCCGUGUAUACAGUGAAUGUGAAAUGGGGAAAGGAGAAGUUUGAUGGAAUAGAGCUGAACACAGAAGAACCUCCUAUGGUCUUCAAGGCUCAGCUAUUUGCCUUGACAGGGGUACAGCCAGAGAGACAGAAGGUUAUGGUGAAGGGAGGCACACUCAAGGACGACGACUGGGGGAACAUAAAAUUGAAAAAUGGGAUGACUCUGUUGAUGAUGGGCUCAGCAGAGGCCCUGCCUGAGGAGCCUGCAGUUAGACCCAUGUUUGUAGAGGACAUGACUGAAGACCAACUGGCCUCAGCCAUGGAGAUGCCUUGCGGACUGACCAACCUCGGCAACACCUGCUAUAUGAACGCUACAGUGCAGUGUCUUCGCUCUGUGCCAGAGCUCAAAGGGGCCCUCAGAAGAUACACAGGGGCUCUGCGGUCCUCAGGGGCCAAUGCACCUUCCCAGUACAUCACAGCAGCCCUCCGUGACCUCUACGAGACCAUGGACAAGACCUCCUCCAGCAUACCCCCCAUCAUCCUGCUGCAGUUCCUGCACAUGGCUUUCCCCCAGUUCGCUGAGAAAGGAGACCAGGGACAAUAUCUCCAGCAGGAUGCCAACGAGUGCUGGUUGCAGAUGAUGAGAGUCCUUCAACAGAAGUUGGAGCCAGAAGAACCAGAAACUCCCAUGGAGACUGACACUGAAAGUGGAGCUGCUGUCGCCACUGUUAAGAAGAACUUCAUUGACCAGUAUUUUGGAGUGGAGUAUGAGACUACCAUGAAAUGUACAGAAUCUGAGGAUGAGGAGCCAGCCAAAGGUAAAGAGAGCCAGCUCCAACUCAGCUGUUUCAUCAACCAGGAGGUCAAGUACCUGGCCACUGGCCUCAGGCUGAGACUGCAGGAAGAAAUCACCAAGCUGUCUCCGUCUUUGCAAAGAAAUGCUCUGUACAUAAAAUCUUCUAAAGUCAGCCGUCUCCCUGCCUAUCUGACCAUUCAGAUGGUUCGCUUUUUCUACAAAGAGAAGGAGUCUGUCAAUGCCAAAGUCCUAAAGGACGUCAAGUUCCCGCUGAUGCUUGAUGUAUAUGAGCUGUGUACCCCUGAGCUGCAGCAUAAAAUGGUGGCAGUCAGAUCAAAGUUCAAGGAGAUGGAGGAUAAGAAGCUGGAGAAGCAGUCACAGAAGGUGGAGAAGAAAGUGGGAGACAAACCAAAAGAAGUGAAAUAUGAGCCCUUUUCAUUUGAGGAUGACCGCGGCUCCAACAACAGUGGUUACUAUGACCUGCAGGGAGUGCUAACACAUCAGGGCAGGUCCAGCUCCUCAGGACACUACGUCGCCUGGGUCAAGAGGAAAGAAGAUGAAUGGGUGAAGUUCGAUGAUGACAAGGUGAGCGUGGUCUCUCCAGAGGAUAUACUGAGGCUGUCUGGCGGAGGAGACUGGCAUAUAGCAUACGUUCUACUGUAUGGACCCCGACGGCUGGAAAUACUUGAAGAGCAUCAGUAACCAACUUAACGCAAAACAAAUAUAUCAAACCAACACAUGCCAUUUCCAAGCACUGUCUACUCUGCAUAGAUGUGCAAUAAAUUCUGGGUGUCUUUAAAAAUUGAUUACCUUAAUUUUUUUGUUUUCACAAGUUCUUGACAGAUGCUUUUGAACCCAUCCUGCAUCAGCAUGAGUGGAGGUAGUUAUUCUAUCAACGGAAGGUUUUAAACCAUUUAUUAUUAUAGUGCAGGGCAAUCUCUUGACUGGAUCCUUGGAAGGUUUUAAACCAUUUAUUAUUAUAGUGCAGGGCAAUCUCUGGACUGGAUCCUUGGAAGGUUUUAAGAGAUCUAGUUCUGUAGUUUUAUUAAUUAAAUGUUUUAUACACAUUGUAUAUUUUUUAAAUCCUUGAACAUGGUGCUCAUGUCACAGUACUUCUCUGUAGUCCUAUAACUAAUCAGCUUGUACAAGAAAGUCUUUGGCCAAGCUACAGUAUGUUCCAAGGUGUCGUUCAAGAUAACCUGAACUUUUCAUUCAAAUUAUUAUUGGAGACCCCCUCACCUAGAGUACCAACUUCUCAAACAAUAACCAAUGCUUACGCCCCUUACCUGUGAGAUCUGUCUCUGGCGAAAGGAAAUGUUGGUGAAACAAACAGGUCUUGCACAUUGCUUUUUUCCUUUUGUAGUUGGGGUGGUUACUAAUCAUAUGAGCGGUUAAAUAUCACUGCUCUGACACUGUGUGACUAGUGCUUCACUCUCGCUCAUACAUGCAGUCAUCCAGAUCACCUCCCAGCCACCCACGACGGUCAGCGCUGUCUAUCUGUACUAAGUUAUUGAAUGGUGGCUUUUCAUAAAUGGUGAAAAUAAACUGUUAUUCCAAACAA